GCUGGUGAAAGAGGGGGCGGACAUCACCUUCAUCCCCAGCCCGGUGAAACUGGAGGCCAUGCGGAUCAAACAGGAACAAAAACAGGCACAGAGGAAAGCAGCGAACACAUCGUCCAGCUGGAGGUCCACACCACCAUCUGCAGGUGAUUGACCUCACGCUUCCUUCUCGUACCUGAUUCAUGUGAAGUGAUGGCAAUGAAAAAUGUCCGUCGUGGAGGGACAAUACAAUUCUAUACUACGCUAUGUCGAAAAGCCUGUUUAGUCAUUAGACUCAACCAUGUGCGCAGUAUCCCGAGUGAAAUUAAGUCAAUUCAGGAAGAAUGCCUGAAAUUCAGAUUCCAACCCUGACAGUGUUGCUGUUUUUCACUGAAUGAAUGGGUAUCAAAGGGAGCCACAGGAUAUCCUCUUUUCAGACACUAUACCAUCUGCUCUCCAUAAAUAGACAUGCGUCUUUGCUUUGAUGCUAAAUCUGUUUUCUCUUGUUUUUACAAGCCAAACAGAAGCCAAAGCAGACGGAGCAUCUCCCACCCUAUGAUGUUGUUCCCUCCAUGAGGCCGGUGGUGUUGGUGGGGCCCUCCCUGAAAGGCUAUGAGGUAACGGACAUGAUGCAGAAGGCCUUGUUUGACUUCCUGAAACACAGGUUUGAUGGGAGAAUCUCUAUCACACGGGUGACAGCUGAUCUGUCAUUAGCCAAAAGGUCUGUACUGAACAAGAAGGCCAUCAUGGAGAGGUCCAACACACGCUCCAGUCUAGCUGAGGUCCAGAGUGAGAUUGAGAGAAUUUUUGAGCUGGCUAAGACCUUACAGCUCGUAGUUCUGGAUGCAGACACCAUCAACCACCCAACACAACUCCUCAAAACAUCCCUGGCUCCUAUCAUCGUUUAUGUUAAGGUGUCCUCUCCAAAGGUUCUUCAGAGGCUCAUCAAAUCUCGGGGGAAAUCUCAAAGUAAACACCUCAACGUACAGAUGAUGGCAGGAGACAAACUAGCACAGUGUCCACCCGAGAUGUUUGAUGUGAUCCUGGAUGAGAACCAGCUGGAGGAUGCAUGUGAACACCUGGCAGAGUACCUGGACAUCUACUGGCGCGCCACUCACCUGCCCUGUUCCACCCCCCUCAACCCCCUAUUGGACCAAAGCGUGGUCACUCCGCCCUCUGCUAACUCCAGCCAACAGUUCUCAGAGACUCAAGAGUUAAUAGAAUGAUCACUACCUAGCUACCACAGACACAUACCUGGAAGCAGCCACUGAUGUGGUUCAGAGGUAAGGGGUCAGAAGUCCGAGGUCACUGGGGGUCAUGGGGGGACCAGGGGUCCGCAGCCUUCGUUCCUGUCUGGAUAGGCACCAUCUCCACAGGCCUGCCCCUCUCAAUCCUGGAGAGGUAGGAGGUGGACGACAGGGGGACAGGGCAGCUUGCAUCUGAGAAAGACAGAAGGAGGUUGAGGAGCAGUAAGAGGAGCAUGACGAGGAGGAGGAAGAGGAGAACACCCCCCACCCCCUGAUAAAGACGGACCCCCAUCUCCACGCUGCCCCCUGCUGGAGAGUCCUCCCAGAGUCCCCUGACUGAUCCCACAGCCACAUGAUGCUUCUCAGGGCCAAUCACUGCAACAGCACGCAACAGGAAAACAAACCAGAGCAGUGACCGGACCUCCAGCUUGACCCAGACCAAACCCUCUCGCCCCUUACAUCCCCAAAUCUCACUCUUCGCCCCCACCCUAACCCUCACCGCUAUUAGCACUCAAAACCACUUAGCGAUAGCACCCAAACAGUUAUGUAAAACCCACUGAACCAGCCCAUGUGUUUUCACUAAGGGCAGGCCAUUCCAGACACAGAUGGGUUGGUCCAGGUCUGGUCUUAGACAGUUCACACUCUGAAACAACAAGUGUAAUCUAAUGCUUAAUAAUGCUUAGACUGUUGCAUAGUGUGGCAUAGGUCUCUUCCUAAAAUCACUGUCCAAUCGGAAUUUAUGAAUGUGCUUAGAGUACAGUACAGUAGGGUAGAGUACAGUACAGUAGGGUAGAGUAUAGUACAGUAGGGUAGAGUACAGUAGCCCCCCACAAUCAACAACUCCUCUCUUUAAAGCUCUAAGGCUUCUUACGCUUUCUAAAGAUGUACUGAGGAACAUGGCAAUGAAGGACAAUGACAUAUCUCCCAUAUUUAGAAACCACUUCUGGAUGGCUUCCGCCACCACCAUUUUCUGUGAGUCGCCAUUAAAAGAUUGGACCAAAUUGUUUGCUGUAAUUAGGGCACACUGGGCACCACCGUGUUCCGAUGUGUUCAGGCACCUGGUCAGUACCGUAUGUAAUGACCAGAACUGUUCUCUUCCUUUAUUGCUUGCGUUCUCUUGCUUGACAGCUUUUUUUUUUUCAUGGCCUGUUUGGUAUUGUGUUCCCGUAACAGACUGGUAUUGUAGGCCUUAUAUGGUGACACGGAGGAAUAAAGUAUGCAUGAAUCAAAGCACAUCAAAGCACAAACUUGCACAUUGCCAUCUACAGCUCUUGUGUAUCUUUAUCAUGUUUCAACAGAAUGUAUCAACAGGAGGUCAGAGUAGCUUAGCCAUUAAAUUCACCAAUCUGAACGCAGGCAGGCACCCAGAUAGGAGUCAGAUCACGCACGUUGUUUAUUUAUUUAUUUUUAUGACCAAAAACAUCAUCAGUACUUGAGGAGAUUCAUUAACCAUUUGUAAGUUCAAAACAUUUAGGGCACACAGAAAAACUCUCCCUAAAACCAAUUCCAGUUUCUCCUUAAUGUAUUCUUGCAUGCCUGAUCACUGUACAGCCCACAUUACAGGACUUUACUGUAUCUCUCCUCCCACUGUUCAACCUGUCAGGAUCCAACCUGCUCUCUCCUCAGAAACUACAUAACACUCAACAUAUAUAAGCAGUUGAUUGCGACUUCUGAUAACAAGUUCAGUUUAAGUUCUGAUAAAAAAUUGUAGUUAAAGUCCCAGCACUUCAAUGAUGAGUAGCCUAUAAAGACUAUGCUUCCACAAUAAUUCAGUUCUCAUGAAUUAUGAUGUAAAUCUACCUAUCCACCUGUUCCACUGUUAUCCAAGCUUGUCCGUUUCACUUCCUGUUUUUCUUUUGUUGGGAGCGAGGGACCUCUAGUGUUGGGCUUGUGUCAUGACACCCGAAGUAACACGUUACUGAAUGUCAUCCAACGUAAUACCAUCGCCCAAAUGUCAACUCAUGUAUCUGAAUAAAAUAGAUAUGUUCACUAGUACAGUGCUCUGCUUGAGGACAAGGAGAAUGAUGAUAUGUUGCCAAUAUGUAGAUCAAAAACUAUUUUUAUGAGCUUCCAACCCUUACAGGAGCUACAUGUACAUUUUUGCAUUGUAGUAAUACACACCUGAAGCUUUCCCAAGCAAACAAGACCAUAAAUCACAGCGCAGGAUGCAUCUCACUAUAGAAAAACACACACGUGCCAUUAAUUGAUCAUUGUUGCUAUAUCAUUACAAAACUGUAUAUGACUUACGUGAAUUACUACCACAGUUAUUUAAUCGAAGGUAUGUGCAUGAUAAAUCCUAUUUAUUUUAGUAGAAGCACAUAUUUAUUUUACAAGUAGAAGGGCUUUACAGGAUCAUAGUCAGUCACUGGAGCUUUUCACAUCUCAUUCUGAAGAGAAAAUGAACUGAUGACUUGCGUAGCCAAUUAAUUACAUUAUGUAUGCACUCUAACGUCACUUACAUGUAUUGUAUAAUUAAUAUUCAUUCUCAGUUCUUCCUCAGUGAUAACAAGGUGCACAAAAUCUAUAAACUGUUGACAGAAAAUCAUCUGGAAAAUGUACUGUAGGUCUACUUGAUCAUGUCUUCAAAGCCUCAUAAGCAUGUAUUUAUACAUAAAUUGUGUAUUUUCUCCAUUUUUAGUAUGAAACGUGGAAUCUGUCCAAAAUGGCACCAUUUUCCCUUUUGCCAUUUUCCCUAUAUAGUACAAAAUAUAGGAAAUAAGAUGCCGUUUCAGAUGCAACCACAGUAGUUAUUUGGAACCAUCUUGAGUAUUGCCUCUAUUGAUUGACCCCUAACCCAACAUGUUACAAUUUUGAGAAAUUGUGUGAAGCCUGGCUUAUACUUAGUCUAAGGAUAUGUCUGUAGACCACUAGAUGGCGACCUCAGACAGUCAGUCGUUAGACAUACUGUAACGUAACCUUGAGACUUGAGAACUACAAAACAUACACACCAACCAAGCACAGUUCUACCACUGAAACACAACAAUCAGCAUCGAUACCACUUGCAAAUAUGACAUUUUUCAUGCAAGUAAUUUAUAUAAAUAACAAUAUAAGUCAAAUUGAUGGAUAUCCAAGGCACAUGUUUUUCACAAUUAUCAAUGCCUAUUGUUUUGCUUUAGUUUUUCCAGACAUACCUAAAUUCUGUAUGCAAUACAAAGUCUUCUAUCAUUGACAAGACAGUAGCUGAGACUAUCAAGACUCCUCUUCUGUUUAAGACGGGGUAAUAUUGCACUAUUUUCAUUUUAUGUCUGCUUUAUAUUUAUAAUGCUAAGUGCACUAAAUGUAACUCUGCUGUACCCACCACCUACAAUACUGAGUACGAUGUCUGGUGUGAUAACCCAUGUCUAUGACUUCAGAAAAGUCAACAAUUGAAAUGUCCUACUACUGUACCUAAUUAUGUACAGAAUGCAUCUGAUUUCAAUAGCACAUUAGGAAAAAUAAGAAACAAAAUAAAUAAACUGAACGUUUUAUUGA